AUCGGUUGACGUACUGGUACUGAAAUUCCGUUACUGUCUUAUAUGUGGCUUACGUACUAGCAAUUCUGAAAUAAUUAAUUCCUUGUUUUCAUGGAUGCUCCAAUGCAACUAAAAAGAGGGAACAUGUAUGGCAUUGCAAGUAUGUUCAUUUUUAAUACAGGCGUGCGAGAGCUUUCAAAGUUUUCUUUUGUUUUGCUUUUUUGUUAUACAUUAGCAACACGAGAAAACAACUAAGCAGCAGAGCAUCGUAGAUACCAAAGACAGCUGAUAAAAGUCACCCUACAGUACCCAUAACAUUCCUCGCAGUUAAACCAUUUGACGCUCAAUUUCCUAACUUUUAAAGACACAAGAAAGAACAGCACGACGCAAAACGAUUCCUGUUUCUAUAUAUCUCGCCUACAUCCUCUUGAUGAAUGCAAAGAAACCAACCAGAAGUUCUAACCACAUCCGGAGGUGCUUCGGCUUAUUUUAGCAAUCGUCUGUAAAAGUAUCAGUAAGUGUGAGCAGUUGGAGAGCGCUGCCGGCCGGACUGUCCACCUGUCCGGUAAGGCGGAGAGCAUAAAAAUCCUGCUGGAUAUUAUACAGCACGUAAGCCGGACAUGCCGAUAAGUACCUAUAACACCGCAUUUAACCUUUUUCUGUUUGAGCGAUUCGGUUUUCUAAAUGUGACGUUUCAUCUUCCUGCCUAUGUUUUUUGAAGAUAUAAGGGAAAGUUGGAUGGCCGGUGGUAUUGUUUCAUGAUUAAAUGUAUGUGUUUAAUAGUGUAUGAAGGCGAGGCAUUCACUGUGAACUGUGUUGGCGUAAUAUUAUCCAAAAAGAAAGCGAAACGGUGCCCUGAGAGCAGGCAGCUGCAGCUUUCGUCCCCAGAAUGGCUGUGAGCCCCCUGCGACACACUCUGCAGAGAGAGAUCUUCACACCUCGGGAGCAGAGGCUGCUGGCUGUAUCCUUUGUGUGGAAGGCCAGCAGGAAAAGAAAAAGUGCCAUUUUGUGUGCUGCAGUGAGCUCAGAGCAGAAGGCAUCUGGGGAGGUGGUGCUGAUGACAGUGAAGGCCGCAAAGAGCCACUACAAGCUGAAUGACUGCUGGCCAGCGAGUGAGCUCACACUCGUAGAUGGAAUAGACGCCGUCAAGGAAACUGCAGAGUUUCAUCUGCACCUGGACAAGGUGUACAAGUGGGUUUCCAGCAGCUCUGCAGAAAAGAAAGCCUUCGUUACCUGUCUUUGGAAGAUAAACCAGCGAUACCUCCAAGACAAAGUGCAAUUCCUUAACAUCAGCCCUGCUAUCUUGGAAGAGGUAUUACCAUGGCAGCAUGGGAGGGAAGCAGCAACGCCAGAGUCAAAAGGGGCGGAAGAGGAGGUGGAAGAGGAGGACUUCCAGGAGCUGACGCUACGGGAGGCGGCCGACGUGCAGAGGCUCAUGGAGGAGAGCGACGGAGCCAUGCAGGACGCCCAGGCCUUUGCCCAGACCCUGCACGCCAAUCUGGCCAGCAUGGAUCAGGAAAACUUCCAAUCCCUGAUGGAGACCGAGCGUCAGGGAGAGCAGCUGCUUAGCCUGCUCGACGAGGCCCUGCUGGAGGUGACACACAUCGAGGAGGUGUUGUCCCAUUAUGACGAGCUACUGCAUGGCGUCCAAAAGCAGAUAAACAUCCUCCACACCAGCAGUGCUUGGCUACAGCGCAUCGACCGUAACCACAGCCAGCUUUGUUCGGAGCUCUGCCAACUAGUGGACUGGCUGUCAGUGCGCGAGGAACACUUGCAGGUCUUGACCAAAGGGGACCUGGAGAAUGAGGAGCAGAUGAAGGGCUGUGUCGAGGCGGUCUGGGCGCUGUCCCAGGGCCUCUACCCGCCACUCAGCACAGGACAGCGCAGACUGCAGGGGGUAGCGGAGCAGCUUAUCCGGUUCGAGAGUGUCCGUCAGACCUUUGAGCUCCGUCUCUGCCGACACAUCACGAACGCCGUGAUCCUGCAGGGCCUGAGAGAGGGAGAGAAUGGGGCCAGCACCGAGCCCUGGAAGCCCAACGUCUUCCACGUGUCACUAAUGCGCUAUAAGCCCUUGAUGGAGUGGCUGAAGGAGAGUAACCCAGUCAUCUUGCAGCAGCUAAGCAAGGUUUAUGCUGAAAACAUUUGCAAGCUUUACGAGAGACAAAUGAAAGACCUUUUCGAUGCAGCCAGACUCCAGUUCUGUGUACCGAAAGAUUCAAAAAAAAUUGGUGUGAUCUCAGCGCUCCCGGACUCGGUGACCAGUGCCGCCGGCUGUAUGGCCAGCGUGUCCAGGAGCACGCCAGUGUCAUCAUACUCGGAGGGGCAAGCCAGCAUGGUGAUCCAGCAGGUCCUGAACCAGCUAGGAGCAGUGUGCAUCAAGGAGCAAGAGUUCCUCACAUCCUUCUUUGGCCUGAACAGCAGCUCCAGUACCGUGGCGUUCCAUGCUGGUAGGAGAAGCAGUGUUGUUGACCAGACCCAGAACUCAGUUACCCGGGAGCAGAAAAAGAGGCCUCACAGCUGGAUCCGAAUGUCAGCCAGCUUCGAGCCCCUAGAGCCCUGCAUGGAAGGCUGGGACUGCAUCCAGGCCGUGCUGGGGUCAGCGGAGCCCCGCCUCUGUGCCCUGCUCAGCUCAUGCGAAAAGUGCGCCCAGCAGCACAGCCAGCACAGCCUGUGCACUUAUGCGGAAUCUCUGUGCAGGGAGGUGGAGAGUCCGCAGGUUUUGAAACGGACCCGUGGGGGCAUUCUGCCCUUCAUUUCCCGCCUGGAGGACUUUAUGUACCACGGCAAGGCCAUAUUAAUGGGGGAAGAAGAGCGAUGGGGCCUGGACAGCUUAUACGCCAAGCUGCUCAAGGCGGCCGUCCACACCUUGGAAAAGCUUUCUGGGUCAAAUGCACGCUCAGGCCCCCUGGUGGUGAGGCUGCUGAAUUACCACCGGCUGGUAGACUUUCUGGAGCAGCUUGGGCUGUCAGGACUCGACAAGGUGCAUGAGGAGGCCAAAGAGAGGAUGAUGCUGCACCUCCGGCACUACAUGGCCAUGCAGAUGGGCCAGCCACUUGGCUUGCUGAGUGACUUCCUGGACGGGGUGCAGGGCCACCUGGCACAUGGCGUGCAGGAGGAGGAGGUGGGCUUCCAGCUGGCCUACAGCAAGCAGGAGCUGCGCCGUGUCGCAGAGCGCUACACCAGUCGAGAGGUGCAGCGCACCCUGGAGGCCUCACAUAGACGGCUGAAUCGCGAGCUGGCGGACUGCCCCCGCCUGCUGCAGGAGGUGUGGAAUGCCAUGAAGACAGCUUUCCUGGAGCAGUACCGGGAGGCAGAGAACCUCAUAAAGAAGUGCUACCCUGGAGCAGGCAUCUCACUGGACUUUACUGAGCAGGACUUGCUGGAGUACUUCAGCACAAUCAGCAAGGACUCCCCAGCAUGAAUGUCAUGUUGUCAUUGGAGAUGAAAGUUACUAGUGUAUCAGAGCUCAUUGGAAUCUUUUUGAAAGUUAUUUUUCAACAAAAAAAAUCUCCCAGAUAAGUAGCUUGCUUUUUAUGGAUCAGUGCUUAUUAAUUAUGGUUAUAACAUUUAAAAAAUAUGCCAUAAUUAAAAUAUUUCACCAUUGCUUUUAUGUUUUUGAUUAUGUACUUCACAAAGCUGUGCACUGUGACAGUUCUUUCAUGUAUAUUAAUUGGAUCUUUGAACAUACUGCAUUUUCGUGAACCUUCAAGUCAGUGCAGGUCAAAGCUGGAACUGUGUAAUCCAAAAUGUAUGCUGGAAAGGUUUCGCAAUCAGCAAAACACCGGUAUGAUCUUCAAUUUUCUCUUUAACAGGUGGCUAUGAUGGUGUUUUGGUUAUGUAUCAUAGAGCAGUGCAAAAAAUAUAAAUAUAAAUGGCAAAUAUAAAGAGAAUUAUAAGCAUUGGCCUCAUAACAUUCUUGAGGGUACAAAAAAAUAACAAGGCAUCAAAUUAUUUUUAUAAACUGUGAGACUUUUGAAAAAUGCAAUAAAAUACAAAGCAUUA